GUAUCAAAAAAAAAAAAAAAAACUCACAUCCAAGACAAUAAGGAAGGAAGGGAAAGACAACACUUCUGCAGAAGAAACGAAGCAACUAACGACCCGCCGAAGACAACACAUUUGCAGAAGAGAUGGCGUUGCAGUGGUUGAUACUCACCUACGUUGUUGCUGCUGAGGCUGCUGUGGCCAUUCUCUUAACCCUUCCCUCACCAAAGGCUUUGAGGAACCGUUUUGUCUCUCUCGUUUCCCUCAUUCUUCAACCUGCGCUUUUCAUUGUUCCCUUUGCAGGGUUUCAUCUCCUAGAUAUAUACUGGAAGAAUGAGCAUAGGUUGAUGUGUACCUCUGAGGUUUGUACUGCUGCAGAGAGAGACCGAUAUGAGAAAUCUAUAUACAAAGCUCAGAGAAAUGUAAUAUUGUGUGUUUCAGCAUGUCUUCUCUACUGGUCUAUUAGCCGCAUUUGCAAGUAUCAGAAGGAAAUCCAGAAUCUGGAGGAAGUGGAGAAGAGAUACAAGUCCAAGUAGUUUGUUUUCACAAUUUCCUAUUGUUGUGGUUAGUGAAUGAGAUCUUUGAGGCAGCUUUAGUUGAGUCUAGUAUGGACAUGCCAACAUCAUGUACCAAAUUAUACCCUAUGAGAUACAUGAGAUGCAGCUCUAUAUUUUCAAAUUCCAAUCUUUAUUUUAUUUUGCUG